CGUUCAAAUACUAACUAGGGUAGAUUACAUAUAUUUCUCAGUAAGAAAAAUAACAAGAGAGGAGUAAACACUGAAAAAUACAUUCGAUGUAUGUUUUAGGAAAAGUAGUGUAGGCAAAUGAUGUUGUGACAAUGUAAUUUGCAAGAAAAUUUUGACUAAAAGUUGAAAAAGGGUCAUUUGACCCUUCGUGAGUGCUAAUGUACUGAAUGAGUAACUGGGAGAGCAGGGUUUGCUUGAGCCCAGCGAGCGAGGUGGUUGGACCAGGUGGAGCAGGACUUGUCAAGAAUCGGUGCAGCCGGGAGUUGGAGAACUGCAGCCAUGGACCGGGUUUAUUGGAGAAGAGUAGUGAAUCAGAUCUAAUCUCAAUGGGAUGUAGAGUCAUAGUAAAUAAAUAAAUAGGGUUUGAUUGUGCCCUACGCGAGAUUUUCGUUAAUGUUAUUGUUAUGGAGUGCCUGAAUCAAUCGACGCAAACAUCUCGGAGAUCUAUUCGGAAAAUACUGAGCAAUAAGCACUCGAAGUUGGGCAAUUAUCUCGAAGCGACCGAUUUUUCGUUUUUCAAUUCGCAAUUUGCGUGUUUCUGGAAGACGUAAUCCUACGUCAAAAAAUCGUGGUUACUCAGUGCGAGCUAGCAUGCGAACCGGCUUACGAGUUAAUGCACAUUAGCUCGUAUGAUGUGUUCGCACGGCAUAAGAAGCUCUGAUUGCGUUGUGUAACCAGUCCGUUAGCUUUCGGUCGCAGUGUAUGCUGUGUAUUUUUGGGCAAUUGUUAGGACUGAUCUAUAGUAAAUCUUUAGUUUCGGAGGAAAUUGGGUAUGUGAUUAAUAAAACUCAUAUGACUGAUUGUUAGUGCUCCCUUGGCCGAGUGGUUAGCGUCAUAACUAACAUGCCGGGUGUUCGGGUUCGAUUCCCGUUCUGGUCGGGGGAAUUUUUCAUCAAAGAAAUUUCCUCCGACUUGCACUGUGAUCACGCGUAUUCUAGAGCUUGCCACUCAGAAUGCAUUCAAGGCGUGUUAUUUGGCAUAGAAAUCUCAACUAAGUACAAAUAAAAAUGACGCAAGUAAUACUACGUUGAGACGGCGAAGUUUCUCUAGGAACGUUAGUGCCAUUGAAGAAGAAGAAGAUGAUUGAUUGUUGAUUUUCGUCGGAAUCGUGGUUCACGUAUUUAGAUUUAGCAUUAAAUUAAAUUUAGUCGAGUUUAUCGCUACUGUUUGCAGUAUUGAAUAGAAUCGGAAGCGUUGUGAGCCUAUUGUAAAUCUAUUGUAAACACCCAGUCUGUAGUGUCGUAGAAUGCAGAUCAUAAUGAAAAACGACGGAACAAUAAACGAACGGACAUAUAGGACAUAUUUAUUAAUUAAGAAAUAUGCAACGCUUUUUUUCCACAGCAAAUUACGAUAUGACAUCCACCGAUAAUUCGCGAUCGCGAUUUUGUGAGUACUUUGACGAUGUAUCGACGUGCAUGAUCUGUUUGUCUAGAUUGGACGAUCCUUAUUUGUGCCCUUACUGCUCGAAACUUUAUUGCUACACUUGUAUAUUGAAAUGGUUAGAGGCCGAACGGCACCUGAACUGUCCUCACUGCAAUCGUGUCGUGCAGCUGGAGAAACUGGUGAAGGUACGUUGGUUCCAGGAAAUGGAAAGACUACAGCGUAGUUGCUGCGACGAACCGAAGCCAUCGUCUGCCGACGUCCGCAACAACGAAACAUGUCCCAAGCAUAUGCAAACCGUCAACUUGUAUUGCCGCCAAUGUGAAGUCUGCAUAUGUAACGAGUGCGCUGUGAAUGAUCAUAUCCAUUGGGAUCACACAUUCAAAAGUAUGGAGGUGAUCUACAACAGUGACAGACAGAUUGUGAAACGGGAAAUCGAAAAGACGACACAAAACCUAAAGAAGAUCGCUCUGACCGUCAAGAAAACCAAUCAAUCUAUGGAACUGGUGGAAGUGUUGAAGGCAGAAACAGUGAGCGCAAUUCGGUUGUUCGCCGAUAAAGCGAUAAGGGAGGUCGAAGCUCAAGCUGGGAGAAAGCUGUGUGAAAUUCAGAAACACAAAACAUCGCUGCUGGACAUCGUACACUCAGUAGAACGAAUAAAAACAAAGGUAGCAGGAUGUACGAAAACUCAAUUAAUUUCAGAGGAGACCAUUUUGAAGAAAUGCAGCGAAAUACAAAUGAACUCCAAGAAACAAAUCGAGCACAAGCAAGCCAGGACCCUGCCAAAACUGAACACUUGGACAAUUUACGGAACAGAUGAUAUCAAAGACAUUUCGGACGAUCAGUGUUUAAGCAAAAUCAUCAAACGUCGAUCAGGAAGAUGUUCCUAUGAAACCAUUACAAAUCAUCUCCCUAUCAUAGAGAUGGGACCGACUACAUUACUGGUUAAUCAUGCAAAUGGCACUAUUUACAAUACAUGUGGUAUCGCUGAUAGGCAACUAAUCAGUUCAUACCUUACACAAACAUACACAAACUGUUCUAUAUCAUUCCAGGACUUCUCAUUUACAAACAAUAUUGACAGUCGAAAAUCCUGUAUUCACACCGUCAAUUAAUUUGAACAUCUCCAGGAUACAGACAUAUGAGGCAUAUAACGUACAGGAGGUCCAUCAGCUACACCUUCAAAACAUCAAAAAUUUGGAUCAUCUAAAGCUAACAACAAGUCGCGUUUCACGGUCAAUACUGGGAGGACUUUCUUUUACCACAUCUGCUAUAAUCAUUUUGGGACUUUACGUUUUCAUCAAAGCAAAGCACCAAGGAACUUCGAUUCAAGUAGUAAACGGAGAACAACAUAAGGCUCAUGCAGAAUUUCCGGCAAAAAUUCAUUAUUAUUAACCACGUAGGCAAGUUUGACGUUUAGGAAUUCGCUACAUCAGGCGAUUGUUGAACCAGGAAGUCCAACACUUGAAAGGGGAGCAGUUACCACGGCACUCGGAGCAGCAGUUUCGUAGCGACACAUUUUUGAUGACCUGUCAUCUAAACAUUACUAUAUCCAAAUAUCCCUUAGCGCGAGCGAUAGCGCAUAAACAAAAUAAUAAACAACCGUAGAACAGAUUGGCGAGGCUAAGUUAAGUUAAG